AGAAGACGCCAUUAGAGGGAGGCAGGCUGAGGCGCCCCCCCCCCCUCCGGUAACCGGGAAGUGGGUGUCUCUUUCCUCCGGUGUCCCCGUCUCCUUCUGCGCGGGGCCUCCCUUCCCUUCGCCGCUUCCCUCCGGCGCCACGCCACCCCCCUGCCAGGAGAGGAGCGGGGCUGCGGAUGUGAGGCCGCGGCGUCGGCGGCCACUUCGCUGCGGAUGGCGGCGUCGGCGGCGACCUCUGGCGCGGGAGGCGGCGCUGCCGGCGGCGGGAGAAGCUUUUCCUUCAAGGUAGUCUUGCUGGGCGAAGGCUGCGUGGGGAAGACCUCGCUGGUCCUCCGCUACUGCGAGAACAAGUUCAAUGACAAGCACAUCACCACCCUACAGGCAUCUUUUCUAACAAAGAAGCUAAAUAUUGGAGGGAAAAGAGUAAACCUUGCAAUAUGGGAUACAGCAGGGCAAGAAAGAUUUCAUGCACUGGGUCCUAUUUACUACAGAGACUCUAAUGGAGCUAUUUUAGUGUAUGAUAUAACAGAUGAAGACUCUUUCCAGAAGGUAAAAAAUUGGGUCAAAGAAUUAAGAAAAAUGUUGGGAAAUGAAAUUUGUCUAUGCAUAGUUGGUAACAAAAUAGAUUUGGACAAGGAAAGGCAUGUCUCUAUUCAAGAAGCAGAAACGUAUGCAGAAUCAGUGGGAGCAAAACACUAUCACACAUCAGCCAAACAGAACAAAGGCAUAGAAGAACUCUUUCUUGACCUGUGUAAAAGAAUGAUAGAAACAGCGCAAGUCGAUGAGAGAGCACGAGGCAAUGGUUCCAGUCAGUCAGGAACUGGAAGGCGGGGAGUACAGAUAAUUGAUGAUGAACCAGCAGCUCAGACCAGUGGAGGCUGCUGCUCAUCUGGAUAAUUGUAUAAGACUGUGUAUCUUGCCCCUUAGUGAAGACUGCCGUAUUCAAAGUCUCAUUCUUUAUCAGUGGAGAAUUGGAAUUAACAGUAUUCAAAAUCAUUUCUAACAAUUCAGUACCAUUAAGUGCUAAACUAGUGGAGUAUGUGACCAGAGAAUUGGCAUUUUCUACAAUGGUUAACAAAGCAAACCAAUGGCCUUUUUACAUAGUUCUUCAAUAAUGAAUAAUAAUGCAUGUGGGAAAGACUUAUGGCUUCAUUUAUAUUUUAAAUGAGAUCAUUAUUUAAUAACUUAUAUACACUAUUGGAAUGAGACAUUUUUUUGCAGCCCUUUGUAUUUUGUGGUAGAUUGAACUGUUAUCACUUCAAAAUUGCAAAUUGAUUUCUUUUUAAUUAGCAGAUACUGAAUACUAUUUUUGCAGGGUUGGUGUCAACCUAUAACUGUGUUGACUACUUUGAUAUAUUCAUUCUGUACUCCAUGCUGGUAAAAAUAAAUUGUAAAUUACAUAUUAAAUAUUUUAUCUGCUUUUACAAGUGCAGGUGCAGAAAUAUGUACAUUAGUCUUGUCAGUGAUUGUGAAGUGAGUAACAGCUGGUGAAAAAGAAACAAAUUCAUUAUUAACUGCUCACUUUUAUCCUUGCUAGGUUAUGUCCAUUAUUUUUGCUUGCUCUGAAUUUCACAUAUUUUGGGAGAAACUUUCUGGCAAGUAAAGGUCUCUAUAACACAUAAGGUCUAAACAUCUAGUUGGAAUGUUGUGAAUUGCUUCUACACUUGUUUCUUCUAACAGAAGUUUGACAUGCCUGAAAUAUUGAACUGCUUUAUAGCUGCUUUUGUCACACAAGAAUUGAAUCUUACAAACUUGGCUGCUUCCAUCUGAUAAUCACUAAGCAAGACCUGACCACGAAACAUCUGUUCUUUUAUCCUUGCUUCUUCCUGUCAAGCUUUUCUUCCAGUUAAAGAAAUGAAAAUAAGUGAAAAAUAACUUGGCUGCAACAGUUGUCUUUGGGUUGUUUUUUUAAUAGGCCAUUCAGAUUGGAAGGAACACAAUGUGUUUUGUAUCAGCUUUGUUGAAAUCCACUUGGUUUUACAAAUAAGAAUAUAGAAAGUAUCUUCUGAAGGAACAGAGAUUUGGAAAAUAACCUGGAACUGUUCUUGUAUUGGAACUAGAAGAGUAAAGCUAAAGUAGAAUGCUAAGGGAAAUUUCACUGAAGGUGUUAUUUGGUAAAUGGGUAUAUGUUGGUGUGGAAAUGGAGUACAUGGUUUAGCCUUAGAAAACGGGCUUGUGUGAUCCUCAUACUAAUGUCACGUGGUGCUUUGAAUUUUCAGUAGUGCAGUGAUCGAUAUUCACGUUCAAACCUAAAAAUAAAGGUGCACUGAGAACUUGAUACCAACCUUAUUAACUUCACUCUCCCAAACCUGGCACAUAAGCUUUAAGGGUAAUAGUCUUCUAAAACAUUGCAUGGAUUUAUUAUCUUUCACAAGUUGUAUGAAAAUCAGGUGAGGCUUAUGAGAAGAAACUAGCUGCCACACAUGGCUAUAAUCUAUUUAAUAUGUACAUUGUGCUCUGUACCCUUGACCUUAAUUGUAAGUUAGAUGAUCUGUUAAAGUGCAUCUGUUUAGUUUGGUUACUGUGACUUAAACCAUGUGCUGCUGUAAGCUACUCUAUAUUCAUUAAAUAUUCAUAUUUAGUACCUUUUA